UGAUGUUGCAUGACUUUGAGAGAAACACUACCAACGUGUCCAAGAUGUCGAAGCAACCGAAUCUCGGCACGCUACUCAUUCAACCCCGAUUCCGGCCAUCUUUGUCCAAUCCACGGCGACGCCUCCGCGUAUAAAGUAAUCCAGGCACCGUGGCGUCGUCACACUUCUAUCCAUAAACCCAUUGACCAUGCUUCAAUUCUCGAACCCAUUCUCAACCACCUCUACACUUGUGUAACCUAUGAUUCAACUACUCUCACACCGACACACUGCCCUCAACAUGGCUACACCACCCUCCAACCCCCCCGCCCCCUUCUACACCAUCAACGACGUCCGCACCCGCCUCCAAUCCCACUUUCUCAACACCGACCCCAGCCUCCACCCUUCGCGCUGGGACGACCUCUGGAAAACCCAGGACUUCCUCCCCUGGGACCGCGGCACCUGGAACCCCGCGCUCGCCGACGUGCUCACCACCCAAACCGCCCUCCUCGGCACCCCGAUCACCGUCGACGACACCACAGACGUCAAGCGGCGCAAGCGCGCGCUGGUCCCCGGCUGCGGCAAAGGCUACGACGUGCUGCUGCUGGCGAGCUUCGGGUACGACAGCUACGGCGUCGAGGCGUCUGAGAACGCGGUGCGGGCGUGUGAGAAGUAUGCGGUGGACGCGGCGGAUGCGUACUCGGCGCGGGAUACGGAGGGGGGGAGCGGGAGUGUGAAGUUUCUGUAUGGGAAUUUCUUUGGGGAUGAGUGGGUGGAGGGGGUGGAUGGAGGGUUGGGGGAUGGGUUUGAUAUAAUCUACGAUUACACGGUGAGUUCUGGCACGCCCAUUCGAGUUCGCGAAAGGAUGGAGCAGUGUGACGGGUGGUUGUGUGCUGACUUGUUGUAUUUGUUGUAGUUCCUAUGUGCUCUAUCGCCCUCCCUUCGGCCGUCCUGGGCAGCAAGAAUGUCGCAGCUUCUUGCUCCUACAGCUCGCCUGAUUUGCCUCGAGUUUCCGACGCAUAAGAGUCCUUCGUCUGGGGGCCCGCCGUGGGCGUUGCCACCGGUGGUGUAUGAAGAGAUUCUAGCAAGGCCGGGCGAGGAGGUAGCGUAUGAUGAGGAUAUGAAUGUAGUGGUUCGGAAGCCAGUAAGGGACAACGAGAGAGCGUUGGAGCGGGUAGCGCACUGGCAGCCGGAGAGAACGCACGAAGCUGGGAUAGGCACCGAUUGGGUUAGCAUAUGGAAGCAUAAGUACUGAUGUUGCGGUGACCUGCGAAUGCUGGUAUAGGGCGGAGAUAGCCUGGUAUCAAAAGCUUCAGGCCGCUUUCCGCAGCGAGUUAUAAUGCUCGCCCAAUCCAAAAUUGUGAUGGUAGUACCCUAACCAAAUCACUUUCUUG